GGGGCACAUUGUGGCCCCGCCUCCCAGCCUCGCCUGAGGCCGGUCAGCUCAGCCGAGGCUCCCGCCCCCACCGGUUAAAUGGGCCGGCGGGACGCAGCCCCCGGAAACUGCCAGGAACUCCGGGGCUGCAGGCGCUACCGACCGCACGGAGGCUUAGUGAGCGUCAUGGCAGAGCAGGUGGCCUUGAGCCGCACCCAGGUGUGCGGGAUCCUGCGGGAAGAGCUGUACAAGGAUCAUGCCUUCCACCCAUCGGACACGCACGUUUUCAUCAUCAUGGGGGCCUCGGUCGGACUGGCCCAGCCCGUUGCGUCUCCGUUGUCAGGCGGGCAGACAGGUGGUGCACGGCCCGUGGUGUGGUCCCCGCGUGUGCUUGCUGCACUCUAAUUCUCGGUGCCUUUGGCACAGCCACGUGGCCAAGGGGGACCUGGCCAAGAAGAAGAUCUACCCCACCCUUUGGUGGCUCUUCCGGGAUGGCCUCCUGCCUGAAAACACCUUCAUCGUGGGCUACGCACGCUCCUCACUCACCGUGGCCGCCAUCCGCCAACAGAGCGAGCCUUUCUUCAAGGCCUCCCCAGAUGAGAAGGCCAAGCUGGAGGACUUCUUUGCCCGGAACUCCUACGUGGCCGGCCAAUAUGAUGACAGUGCCUCCUACCAGCGCCUCAACCAGCACGUGAGCAGUCUGCAACGGGGUCCACCGUCCAACCGCCUCUUCUACCUGGCCUUGCCCCCCACAGUCUACGAGGCAGUCACCAAGCACAUCCGAGAGAGUUGCAUGAGCCCCACAGGAUGGACCCGCGUCAUUGUGGAGAAGCCCUUCGGGAGGGACCUGCAGAGCUCCAACCAGCUGUCAGACCACAUUUCGUCACUGUUUCAUGAGGAGCAGAUCUACCGCAUCGACCACUACCUGGGCAAAGAGAUGGUGCAGAACCUCAUGGUGCUCAGGUUUGCCAACAGGAUCUUUGGCCCCAUCUGGAACCGGGACAACAUCGCCUGCGUCAUCCUCACCUUCAAGGAGCCCUUUGGCACCGAGGGCCGUGGAGGCUACUUUGACGAAUUUGGAAUCAUCCGGGACGUGAUGCAGAAUCACCUGCUACAGAUGCUGUGCCUGGUAGCCAUGGAGAAGCCCGCUUCCACCAGUUCAGAUGAUGUCCGCAAUGAGAAGGUUAAGGUGCUGCAGUGUAUCUCAGAAGUGAAAGCAGAGAAUGUUGUGCUGGGCCAGUAUGUGGGGAACCCGGAGGCAGAGGGCAAGGCCACCCAGGGUUACCUGGAUGAUCCCACAGUGCCUCCAGGUUCCACCACUGCCACCUUCGCUGCAGUUGUCCUCUAUGUGCAGAACGAGAGGUGGGAAGGGGUGCCAUUCAUUCUGCGCUGUGGCAAAGCCCUGAAUGAGCGCAAGGCCGAAGUGCGGCUGCAGUUCCGGGAUGUGGCCGGCGACAUUUUCCAGAAACAGUGCAAACGCAAUGAGCUGGUGAUCCGUGUGCAGCCCAACGAGGCUGUGUACACCAAGAUGAUGACGAAGAAGCCUGGAAUGUUCUUCAGCCCUGAAGAGUCAGAACUUGACCUCACCUAUGGCAACCGCUACAAGAACGUCAAGCUGCCUGAUGCCUAUGAGCGCCUCAUCCUCGAUGUGUUCUGUGGGAGCCAGAUGCACUUCGUGCGCAGUGAUGAGCUGCGUGAGGCCUGGCGUAUCUUCACGCCACUGCUACACCAGAUCGAGCGGGAGAAGAUGCCACCUAUCCCCUACAUCUAUGGCAGCCGCGGUCCCACAGAAGCAGACGAAUUGAUGAAAAGAGUUGGCUUCCAGUAUGAGGGCACCUACAAGUGGGUGAACCCCCACAAGCUCUGAGCCCACCACAAAAUGCUCCACCCUGGGGGUGAGCUUGGGAUCAUGACCACAGCCGCCAGCAUCACCUUCCCAUCGCUUGCUCCCACCCACUCAACAUUCCUGACAGUUGGCCAGGCCCCAGAUUGCCCUCCACUUUUGGCUCCUUGGCGCCCAGCCUGACUGCACUCCAUGGCCAACUGGGGCCUCCAGCAUUAAACCUGGUCCAGUUUCCUGC